AUGUCAAGCAAGUCGGCUCUCAAGGAGGUGCGGACGGCCCUCGAUUCGAAGAAUUUUGAGCUUGCGGCGGAAAAGGCCAAAGCCAUUGUUAAGGAACAGCCCCAAAACUAUCAUGCCAACGUUUUCCUCGGCCUUGCGCAAGACAAGCUGAAUCAUUUCCUCGAAUCCGAACGAGCAUAUCUCGCGGCCACUCGCAUUAAGGGAGAUGAUAAAACGGCGUGGCAGGGACUCAUCAGCUUGUACGAGAAACAAGGAAAUCAGAACCUAGAACAGUACCGCGAAGUAGUGAUAAAACUCGCGCAGGUGUUUGCUGAGCUUGACGAUAAGCACCGGUGUCAAGAUGUCGUCGACAAAUAUGUUGCUUUCGUGAAGAAGAAUGGAACUCGCUUGCAAUACAAGAGGGCUCUUGAACUACAUUUGCCCACGAGCCCCGUCUACACUUACCUUGAAGGUCGCGUACCUCACCCCGCGCUUACCUACCAACGUCUCAUAGAGAUCACCGAAGCGGAGGAGAGGGAGUUUAUCAACCGAGAGAUUGGGGAAAGAAGAACUCGCCUCGGUGCGCGUAUUGACCAGGUCACGCUAGAAGUCAAGCGAGACGCCUACAAGCGGAGCGAACUGGAACAUCUAUACCGUGGAAUUGUCAAUUGGUCACACGAUGAUCAGGUUCGGCGCACAUACGAGGAAAAACUACUCCAGAGGGCCUAUGACGUUCUUCUUGUACUUCCCGCAAAUGAAAAAGAUGCAAAGAGAGAAGAGGUCCUACAGGCUGCUCGUGACAUGGUGAUCAUUAAGCACCCGUUCGAACUCGCCUGGAAGAUUGUCCUAGAGUGGCAUGAUGUCGAGAAUUUUUCUCAAUGGGACCGGACAUUUCUGGAAGAUUUCAUCGAGUUUUUCCCAGAGGAUGAUCUCACCAAAGUUCUCAAGGGAUUCCUGUCGAGCGAGCUCUCCCCAUUUCCCAGAGUGCCAGCGAAGUCGAACGGGGAAGAUGCUGAAAAGGCCGAGAAGGCCGAUAAAGCCGAGAACGGGAAUGGAGAAGAGGUGGCUGUCCAAGAUCGCCUCCUAUUGAUGGUGGAGGGAUUUGAAAUGUCUUCUACUUCGAUCGUUUCCCAUAGAAUCAUGGGCGAACUUUAUCUGUCUCUCGACGAAUACGAAAGUGUCGUCGAUGUAUGCCGUAAGGGUCUUCAAAACUUGAACGACGUUGUGAGAAGGACAGGAAUAAGUCUUCAGAAUACUGCCGACUCUUUGAGCAUAGCUCUUGCGAACUCCCUUAUCUACCACCAAUCCCCACGACAUCACCCUGAGGCUCAGCGAAUUUUCCAGAAUAUCCUGCAAAGACACCCGAUUUCCACCAGCUGUCUUCUCGGAAUUGGUCUUAUUUUGAAGGUGGACGAAGACUAUCCCGAAGCUGUCAAUUUCUUGGAGCGUGCUCUAGAGCGAGAUCCCGAAAACUUCAAGGUUCGUGGCGAAUUGUCUUGGUGCAGAGCACUUAACGGUGAUCUUUCGUCCGGCUUUUCUGGGCUCCAGGGCGUGCUCGAAGAGCUGCAAAAUUCUCAACGAGAGAGUCGAGAAUUCAAGAGUGAAAUCCUCUAUCGCAUUGGAUACUGCCAGUGGGAAAUCGACCCCUCACCUUCUGCCCGCAAAGAUCGGACUGGUGCAUAUGCAAGUUUUCUCGCUUCGAUCCAGGCCAAUAUAAACUUCGCGCCAGCUUAUACUAGCUUGGGCAUCUAUUAUGCGGAUUACAAGAAGGACAAAACACGAGCGCGGAGAUGCUUUCAUAAAGCGUUCGAACUGUCGCCAUCCGAGAUCGUUGCAGCUGAGAGGUUAGCCAGGACUUUUGCGGACCAAAAAGAAUGGGAUCUGGUUGAGGCCGUCUCACAACGUGUCGUUGACUCCGGCAAGGCCAAGCCUGCGCCAGGCUCGAAAAGAAAAGGAUACAGUUGGCCCUAUGCAGCUUUGGGUACGGUUCAGAUCAACAAGCAGCAGUACCCCAAGAGUAUUGUUUCAUUCCAAGCGGCUCUGCGAAUCUCUCCGGACGAUUAUCAUUCCUGGGUCGGUCUUGGUGAGAGUUACCACAACUCCGGCAGAUACAUCGCUGCCACAAAGGCGUUCGACCACGCCCAGAAGUUGGAGUAUACGCUCUCAAAGUCCGAGAAAGAGCAGAUUUGGUUCGCUCGGUACAUGUUUGCGAAUGUGAAACGGGAACUUGGGGAAUAUGAUGAUGCUAUUGCACGAUACGAGGAGGUGUUGAAGAUCCGUCCCAAUGAGCUCGGCGUUACGGUAGCACUACUUCAGACGCUCACGGAGAAUUCCUGGAAGUGUUUGGAGUCUGGACUCUUCAACGACUGUGCCGAGCAUGCCAGAAGAGCCAUCAUUGUGGCCAAAUCACUUGCCACUGAGAGAGUUGAUAUCUUCAACUUAUGGAAGGGCGUAGGCGAUGCGUGUACGGUAUUUUCCUAUGUCAGGUCGAAGGCGGGCAAACUUCCGAUUAAGGAAGUUCGUGGCUUGCUUUCCACGCAACUCGAACCUUCCGCUCUUGACAUUCUCACGGACGUUGAUGGUGUGGGAGAGAACUACUUGACAGCAUUGGAUGGUGAGAAAGACGCCUCUACACUAGCGAACGAGUGCAUGCACGCCUCUAUCCUAGCAUACAAACGUGCUAUUCAAGUUUCGCUUCAAGACACUCAUGCUCAGGCCGUGUCAUGGUACAAUCUUGGCUGGGCAGAAUACCGAGCAUUCAGAUGCGUGAAACUGAGCGGCGAGAAGAAGAAGCAGUCACGCAAGUUUCUGAAGGCAGCAAUGCGAUGCUUCAAGAGAGCCAUCGAGCUUGAAGCUGGCAAUUCCGAGUUCUGGAACGCCCUUGGAGUGGUGACGACAAACAUGAGCCCGAGGGUCGCGCAGCACGCGUUUGUCCGCAGCUUGCAUCUAAAUGACCGGAGCGCGCAAGUCUGGACGAACUUGGGGACACUCUACCUCAUUCAUAAUGACAUCCAGCUAUCUAAUGAAGCAUUUACUCGCGCACAGUCGACCGAUCCCGAUUAUUCGCAGGCUUGGGUUGGCCAGGGCUUGCUUGCUCUCCUCUUCGGCGAUCCUCGGGAGGCCAGAGGGUUGUUCGAGCACGCUUUCGAUAUCUCUAGGUCAUCAUCAAGACUGUCCAAGCAGCAAUACACACUGACGCUGUUCGACCAUCUCAUCGCGGAUGCUUCGGCGUCAAACGAGGUCUCGCAGCUGAUCCAGCCGUUCUUCACCCUUUAUCAGCUGACCAGUCAAGAACCGUCUGAUUUACCCUUUGUUCAUUUGUUCUCUCUCCUGGCCGAGAGAAUCGGCGAGUUCGAAGACGCCAAGUCCAGCUUACGCAGCCUCAGCUCCGAUGUCGAGGCCGAAUAUGAGGUCUCUGAAUCCGCAGCAUCACUUUCCAGGUUCGCGCAAGCAAAUUCCGACAUUGCCCGUGUCCUUUUAGCACGUCAUGAAUACGAAGAGGCUGCGGAAAAGGCGGAGACCGCACUAAUGCUGUCAUCAGAGGAGGACUCUGAGAAGUUCGAGCCGGAAAUGUACAAGAACCUGCGCUUGUCUGCACACCUGACGGCCGGUCUCGCGCACUACUACAUGAGAGCCAUGGACAACGCAAUCGACAUGUUCCGUGAUGCCCUCCAAGAAGCAGACAAUUCGCCGGACGUCGUCUGCCUACUCGCACAGGUACUGUGGGCCAAGGGCGGAGAAGAGGAAAGGACGGUUGCGCGACAACAACUCUUUGAGUGCGUUGAGAUCCAUCCGGAUCACGUCGGAGCGGUCACUCUUCUGGGAGCUAUCGCGCUCCUUGACGAUGACAAAGACGUCAUCGAGGCUGUUGAGUCUGAUCUUCAGAACAUGAUCACAAGGGAUGAUAUCGGGAUCCAUGAACGGGCGAGACUGGUCAAGCUCUUGACAGCGAUCUCAUUGUGCAUUCCUGGGGAUUCAGAUGUCCCAGAUGAGGCGAGGCGUAUCGGAGAGGCCGCUGCGGCGGUUAUGAGGGCGCCUUACGACCCUCAAGGCUGGUUAGAGCUGUCCUCGGCUGCUCAAGAACCAUAUCCAGCGGAGAUGGGUGUUAAGACCGCUCUGCAGAGCGUUCCUCCUCGAAGCAAUCUCGACGCUACUGACUUGUCAACCGCAUACUCACAGACCGGAAAAGCCAGCGAUGCAUUGCGGUCGAUCAUGGUUGCACCAUGGAUGCGCGGCGGUUGGCAAGAACUCACCCAUAUAGUCUCACCAACUACCUGA